AUGCUCCUUUCUCGGAAUAUGUUUUUGUUUUUCACCCUUUUCUUCACUGCCUUAUUUUCCAGCGCAAUGGCAACCGGAUUAGAAGCUUUCACGACAGAUGGAGUUGUACCCGAUGUGAUCUCCGUUCCACCAAAAGAUAUUCUUGGAGUCACGUAUAAAAAUGGGGUCAAGGCCGAUUUUGGAAAUGAGCUCACUCCAACUCAAGUCAAGGACAAACCGACCGUUACUUGGGAUGCUUUAUCCGAUGCCCUGUACACUUUGAUUUUGACAGAUCCCGAUGCUCCAUCAAGAGCAAACCCAACUCGCCGUGAGUUCAAGCAUUGGGUAGUGGUCAACAUUCCUGGGAAUCAGGUUGAGAAAGGCGAUGAAGCUGCUGGAUAUGUUGGAUCUGGACCACCAAAGGAUACAGGUCUUCACCGCUACGUGUUCCUUCUCUUCAAACAGAAUGGAAAAGUUGAUGCUGGCUUUAAGACACCGAACAACUCAUCGGAUGGCCGCCCGAAUUGGAGUGCGGCCACAUUCGCUCAAAAACACAAUAUGAGCCUAGUGGCUGGGAAUUUUUAUCAGGCAAAAUACGAUGACUACGUUCCAAAUGUGCAUAAACAACUCUCUGGACAC